CUUCACUUCUCCAAUCUCUACCUCAGUUUCGCGGCGUCUCCUGCCCGCGACGGACGUGUGGGGUGUUGCUUCCCCUCGCCUUCCUGCAUUAACUGGACUUUUCCCUGCCCGCUGCUCACUCUCUCCUCACCCCCCGCUGCUGCUGACCGCCCGCUGAGCCUCCCGGGACCCCCUCAGCUGUGCCCCUCCGCGCCCUGCUGCCUGUGAAAGCAAGAAGAAGAAGAAGGAAAGAAGAAGAAGAAGAAGAAGAAGAAGAGAGAGAGAGAGAGAGAGAGAGAGAGAGAGAGAGAGAGAGAGAGAGAGAGAGAGAGAGAGAGAGAGAGAGAGAAUAGAGAAAGUUGAAGAAGAAAAGAAAGAAAGCGAAUGGAAGGAAUAUAACUAUAACGAAGAAGAAAAAGAAGAAGAGGAAGAAGAAAGAGAAGAAAAAGAAGAAGAAAGAAAGAGGAGGAGACGAAGGAUAUUAGGCAGAGGAAAGAAAAAAAUAAAAGAAGAAGAAGAAGAAGAAGAAGAAGAAUUGUGAGAGUAAAGCAGGAAAACACGUGAAGAGAGAGAGAGAGAGAGAGAGAGAGAGAGAGAGAGAGAGAGAGAGAGAGAGAGAGAGAGAGAGAGAGAGAGAGAGAGAGAGAGAAUAAAAAGGGAAAAAAAGAAAGAAACAAAGAAACAAAAAAAGAAAAUAUAAGCAAAAGAGAAAAUACGAAAAAUAUACUUGAAUUUAAUAUAAAAAGAAUUUGUAAACAGUAAAAUAUAAAAAGUAAAAAAAAAAUAUAAAUAAAUAAGAAAUAAAUAACACGUGGAGAAUCUGACAUUGUAAAGAGAAGCUGAUAAAGUUGAUAAUAAUAAAAAAAACAUUAGAAAGUGGAAGAAGAAGAAGAAGAAGAAGAAGAAGAAGAAAUAAAAAAAAUAAAUAAACUCAACAAAAGAGGAGAUAAAUAAAACAGGAUAAACAUUUAAACACAACAAAAAGAUUCAAGAACACUGAGUGAAAUUUAGAAACAAACAAACAAACAAAACGAAAUUAAGUUACGUAAACAAACAAAAAAAUCCUUCAAACUCCUUUAAAUACCUUUUCUAUCCUUCAGAACCCUUCUAAACACCUUUUCCCUCCUACACACACCAAAUAUCCUUUAAAACCCCACAAAUCUAUUUAAAAUCCUUCAGCGUCCUUCAGGAUGGGACAGGUGUUCAUCCGGCGGUCCACAGCGGUGCUCCUCCUCCUGGUGGGGGCUCUGUGCAUCGUCUGCGUGGCCUUAUUGGUUCUGCUCCUUGCCCCUGACUGGAGGGCGAGCGGCGGGGAGACCUCAGCUCAUUCCAUGUCCCUGGACGCAACACCACCAGGGAUACCAAGAGAGGCACCAUUCACGCCUAGGGACACGCCAGCACCAGCCACCACAACCACCACCACCACCACCACGCCUCAGGAACCGUGGGCGAGGCAGUACCGCAUUCCUAGAUCGACUCUACCUCAUCAUUACGACCUGUACCUCCACCCUGACAUGGAGCAAGGGGACUUCACAGGCAAGGUCACCAUACUGAUUGGGGUCACGGCGCCUAUGACCUACCUAGUUUCGCAUGUUAAGAAGCUAAAUGUCACGUCCACGGUGCUUGUGAGGGCUGACGGAGGAGAGGUGCCUCUGGAAAGGACCUUUGAAUACGAGCCUAACCAGUUCUGGGUAGUGGUGCCUGACGAAGUGCUACAGCCAGGUAAUUACUCGCUAACGAUGGAGUUUACUGGCACCCUCACUGGCUCCAUCGUGGGCUUCUACAGGAGCACUUAUACUAAUGCUGCUGGGGAGAAGAGGUACAUGGCCACCAGCAAAUUCCAGCCCACGGACGCCCGCAGCGCCUUCCCUUGCUUCGACGAGCCCUCCUUCAAGAGCACCUUCUCCACCACGCUGAUACGCCCGUCCCAGGAUUACAUCGCUCUCUCCAACAUGCCUGUGCUGAAAGAAAUACAGGACUCCCCACAGCGCGGCCUUACAGAGGUGGUGUUCAUGAAGUCAGUCCCAAUGGUGACUUACCUCGCCUGCUUCAUCGUGUGUGACUUUCAACACGUGGAGAUCCUGACGAAGGAGAACAAGCCCUUUAGAGUGUACACCACGCCAGACCAGAUCUCCAGAGCUAACUAUUCACUCCAGCUGGGCGUCAAUGUGCUCAACUAUUUCGAAGACUAUUUCAAGGUUGAGUACCCGCUGCCCAAACAAGACAUGAUCGCCAUUCCUGACUUCAUAUCAGGCGCCAUGGAACACUGGGGCCUGAUCACGUACCGGGAGGUCAACCUGCUGUAUGACCCCAAGGGCUCUUCCUCCUACAAUAGACAGCGCGUGGCAGCAGUGGUGGCACACGAGCUGGCACACAUGUGGUUCGGGAACUUGGUGACGCUGGAGUGGUGGGACGACCUGUGGCUGAACGAGGGAUUUGCGAGCUACAUUGAGUACAAGGGCGUGGCUCACUAUGAGAAGGACUGGGACAUGGAGGGUCAGUUCGUUGUGGAUGACCUGCACCGCGUGAUGACCUUGGAUGGCCAGCUGACCUCUCACCCCAUCGUACAGCCCGUCAGCCAUCCAGACGAGAUUACUGAGAUUUUUGACACUAUUUCCUACAGCAAGGGCGCUUCAGUUUUACGAAUGCUGGAGGAUUUUUUGGGACCUGAAAUAUUUAGAAAGGGCGUGAGUCAGUUUCUGCAAAAAUAUAAAUACCAAAACGCUGUUACGAGGAACCUGUGGGAGGAGCUGGAGGCGGUGGUGCCUGGUAGGGGCCUCAAUAUCACCUCUAUCAUGGAUACCUGGACUAGACAGAUGGGCCUGCCUGUUCUUAACGUGUCCCCAAGCCCUGACGACCCGGGCAAGCUGGAGGUGACCCAGACCAGGUUCCUGAGUGACCCCACCGCCGUGAGUGACCUUGACUCCCCCUACGGCUACAAGUGGGACGUUCCUGUGACCCUCAUCUCGGACGCCUCGACCAGGGAGCUCCACUGGUUUAUGCGCGGCGACCAGAACUUGGUGGUGAACAAGCCCCCUGGGUCAACUUGGGUCAAAUUCAACGUGGCGCAGUACGGGUAUUACAGGGUUAAUUAUGACCUGACCCUCUGGCGUGACCUCAUUGCUCUGCUGGCCACUAACCCUGAGGCCCUGAGCCCACCAGACCGCGCUUCCCUGAUUGAUGACGCCUUCAACCUGGCCAGUGCGGGACAGCUGCCCUACCCCACUGUUCUGUCCCUCAUCGCUUACCUGGACCGCGAGACUCACUACAUCCCUUGGGCCACCGCCAGCUCGCACCUUGACAAAAUGGGCCGCUUGUUGAGACGCACAGAGGCUUAUCCAAACUUCAGGAAGUACAUGGUGAGCCUGGUGAAGGGCCACGUGGAGAAGCUGGGCUGGGAGGACACUGGAUCACAUUUAGACAGGCGGAAGAGACUGUGGCUAAUGUUCCUGGCGUGCUCCAAUGGAUACGAGCCGUGCAUGCAAGGGGCCAGGGAGCGUCUCUUGGCCUGGGUUAAGGAUCCUAACUACUAUUUGUCUCCCAAUACUCGUUCUCUCGUGUACCGCUUUGGAAUGCAGACCCCAGGUGUGGAGGUGUGGGAGGCCAUGCUGCACCGAUACGUGACAGAAACCAAUGCGCAAGAGAAGACCAAGAUGGCGGUGGGUCUGGCCAGCACCACAGAGGACUGGGUGGCGCAGAGAUUACUGGGCCUGGCAACCAAUGAGAGCGUAGUACGUAGUCAAGAUUACUUUUCCAUGCUGAACAACCUUGCCAAAAGCCCCUGGAACACUUACCUCGUUUGGGACUACGUCAGGUCACACUGGGAGGAGAUGGUGGACAGGUUCACCCUUAACAACCGGUAUUUAGGGCGUAUGGUUAAGUACGUCAUUACAAGACUGUCAUCACCCACACACCUGAAUGACGUGAAGGAGUUCUUUGAGCAGUAUCCUGAAGCCGGGUCGGGCGCCAGGUCGAGGAAGCAGGCCCUGGAGGAGCUGGAGGGGAACAUCAAGUGGGUAACUCAACACGCAGAUGACCUCAAUGCUUGGCUGGUGAACUGGAAACAUCAACAACAUCCAUAAAGUUAAUUAGAUUUCCUUAACGUAGCGUAGAUUUUCCCAUUCCCCAGUCAUAUUGUCAUUGUUUAGUGAUAAUGUUUUGUUUGGUGUAGGUCUGAUGCCUUGGAAAUACGUAGGUAGAUUUUUAUCCCCACUUUGCUCUUUUUUUUGUGAAGUUGGUUGUGUUCGCGAGUGUUUUGCUGUCUUGUUUUUUUUUUGGUUGAGUCUGGCAACGGUUCGUGGGUGUUGUGCGUGUUUCCAACGGUGCGUUUUUGUGAUUGCGGUUAUGGUUUGACAGUCUGACGGCCUCCAGUGUAUGUUAUUAGGUUUUUUUUUAAGGGUUUUUCAUGAUUCUAGUAAUUAUUCAACAGAUUUUAGUGGAAUUUGCAGUUUUCAAGGAUGUUUUCUUAAUCAUAGUGGAAGUUAUUGUGGUUUUCUGGGAUGUUUUCAUGAUUUUACUCGUUUUAGUGAAAUUUGUUAUUUUUCAAGAGUAUUUUCAUGUUUCUAGUGACAGCUUAACAAGAUCUCCAGCUGUGUCGCCGGUGAAAAACACCCAUGCAAACUUUAUUUAUCCUAUAUGGCCUUUGAAAACAACCUAGGCGAGAGAGUAAAACAAUGAAGAACACAAACAGUAAUUGAUUCAGGUAGUGUUAAGUUUAAAGUUGUAGUGAGUGAAAGGAGUUGUGUUAGGUAGUGUUGUUUGUAAGUUGUCUGUUGUAGAAUUCCUUGAGUGUUAAAGUGAUGAUGAUGAUGUUAUUGUUAAUGACAUAAAUAACUAUUCUCUCUCUCUCUCUCUCUCUCUCUCUCUCUCUCUCUCUCUCUCUCUCUCUCUCUCUCUCUCUCUACAACAAUAAAAUCAUCAAUCUAUCUAUCACACACAUACACAUACACACACACACACACACACAAGACAAACAUACCUAUAUAUAAAAAAAAGACAAUGCAGUAUUCGCAAUGUAUGUAUAUCCUGUAUAUGUAUAAAAGUCAUAUUUAUCUCCUGGGUUUGGGAAUAUUGUGCCCUCGGUGUGAAUGCCGACUUUCUGGCAACUCUUGACCAACUGAGAUGGAGAAUGGAAGAAAGAAAUGAAAAGUUGCUAGUCUUA